AUAGAGAAAAACAGACAAACAACACAAAACCGGGGCAAGAGAGGCACGUGACGAACACGCCCCAGGACUAAUAUAAAUAAAGGUCCCCCCCCCCUCCUCCUUUCACUCUUAGUGAUUCUCUUGCGGCGCGUGGGAGACGAGACGAUACGGUGAAAGCUAUGGCUAAUCUUCCUCCUUCCUUCCCUUUCUCCAUGGCUUCUUCUAGCAACGAUCGCAACCUCUCUCCCGUGGAGCAGUUGGUGCUCGACAUCUGUGACCCUGACCUCAGAGAGAAUGCUAUUCGCGAGCUGUCCAAGAAAAGAGAGAUCUUUCAUGAUUUGGCUCCGCUGUUGUGGAACUCUUUUGGUACCACUUGUGCUCUUCUUCAGGAGAUCACCUCAGUUUACCGUCUCCUGACUCCUCCAACCUUGACUGUUGCUCAGUCCAACAGGGUCUGCAAUGCCCUUGCCCUUUUUCAGUGUGUUGCUGCUCAUCCUGAAACGAAAAUGCAGUUCCUUAGAGCUCAGAUGCCCAUGUACCUGUAUCCUUUCUUGAAGACGUCAAGCACGUUGACACCCUAUGAGUACCUGCGUUUGACUAGCUUGGGUGUUAUUGGUGCACUCGUCAAGGCUGAUGAUAGAGAAGUGAUCAGUUUCCUUCUCAAAACUGAAAUCAUCCCAUUGUGCCUCCAGUCGAUGGAAGAUGGCAGCGAGUUGUCAAAGACUGUUGCUGUCUUCAUUGUUCAGAAAAUUUUGCUGGACGGUGAUGGGCUUAUUUACAUGUGCGUCUGUGCGGAUAGGUUCUAUGCUUUGGGUCAAGUUUUGGAUAAUAUGGUGACUUCACUUGCACAAGCACCUUCUCCUAGGCUUCUAAAGCACAUCGUACGCUGUUAUCUUCGCUUGACAGAUAACAGAAGGGCCUGCCUUGCACUCAGAAACUGCCUCCCGGAUCUUCUUAGCAAUGCCGCCUUCACCAGCUGUCUCUAUGAUGAUCCAAUUGCAACGCAGUGGCUGCAGCAACUGCACCACAACAUCAUGGUUAUACCCCCUCCAGGGCUGUAGCAUAUGGUUGUUAUCAGACCCCUGAGUUAAUUAUUCUUGGCAAAGAACUAAUAUUCAUUGGACCAAAAUUUAAGAGGGAUGGGGGGUUCAGAAUUUACAGAUGAGAAAUAUAAACUCAUAAACCAAAUACUUUUUGAGUAUUUUGGAUAAUAUAUAUGUAUUUGGAUUUUUCAAACUGCCUUAUAAUG